UGCUAUAUGUGUAGGAUGGCUGAGAAGGGAGGACAGAUUGUUCCGGAGUCUGUUUUGAAGAAACAGAAGAGAGCCGAGGAAUGGGCCUUGGUUAAAAAGCAGGAGGUUGCAGCUCUCAAGGAAAAGAAAUCGGCAAACAGGAAGCUGAUUUACAACCGAGCGAAGGAGUACGCCAAGGAGUACGCAGCACAGGAAAGGGAGCUCAUUCAGUUGAAGCGUGAGGCGAGGUUGAAAGGAGGGUUCUAUGUGAACCCAGAAGCUAAGCUGCUGUUCAUCAUUCGUAUUCGUGGUAUUAAUGCGAUGCAUCCAACGACAAAGAAGAUUUUGCAGCUGCUCCGUCUGCGUCAGGUGAUGACGCAUCUCGUUAAUGUUCUUUUACAUUUCUAUAAGAUAUUGGCUUCACGGUUGUUAUUACCUUUAGUUGGUGUUUAUGAUCAAUUUCUUAAAGUUAGCAAUUAGAUA